AAUCCGCCUCGUAAUACGAGUGCGCUGCGGUCAGUUAUUCAUUUUGAUCAACGCAGAGCUUUUUUAUUGGCGCAUUUACAGAAAGACCAUUUUAUUUUUGGGCAGGUCACACUGAAAGACUACAACUCCCAGCAGCCCUGAGACUCUCUCAUGAAGAGCUACGUCAUGAUGUAACGGCACGUUUUGUUUUGUCCGCCUGGUUCUCAGCUGGUUAAGUUGUCACAGUAGAAAAUGUGGGAGAAGUUCGGCUCUUAACUUGGUAGAUUUGAACUAAUACUAGAUUUUAUGCAAUAUAAUACACGUAUUUACUCUACACAGCGGAAACCUAGAUUCAGGAAGAGCUGCCGCUUAACUCGUUCAUGAUGUAUUUUGGAGGAUCCAGCAAUGUCACAUUGCUCUUUGACUUCUGGAGUGUGCACGAACCUGGAGGGAUGGUCCUGUCAGUCUUUGUGGUUCUACUGCUCACAGUAAUCUAUGAGCUCCUGAAGGUGUGGAAGAACACUUUGGCACAGCGGCCCACUCAUCCCUCAGCCCCUUCUAUCCCUGCAGCGUUCUCCACAUCUCCCCCGUGUUUCUCUCCAGAAAACAGUCCCACACUAACUAACAGCCCUUCAGAGACCUCUCUGACUCCUACUGAGAAUACAGCCACCACUGCUGUCAUCACUCCCACUUUGAACAGCUGGCUUCUUCACAGCCUUCUGACCGGCCUGCACAUCGUACAAGUGGUACUGGGCUACAUAUUAAUGCUGUGCGUCAUGUCCUACAACAUCUGGAUCUUUCUCGGGGUCAUCGUGGGAUCUCUGUUGGGCUACUUCUUUGCUUUUCCUCUUCUGGCUCAUGUGAACUGACAAACCUGAGAGAUAUGAGAGCAAAAGUAGUAUCUGAGUUUGUUUAAAUUGUUUUAUCCCAGAGCGGUGAACUAAAAUGGCAUCUUUCAGUGUAGGCCUGCCAGGCUUCGACUUCACUGCCAGAGUACAACAGGUAUUGUUUUACCGUUGCUUGUUUGAAGGUGGGGUGUUUUUAACAGUGCUGGGGUUUGCCAAUACAGAGACAAAUCCUUUUGUGUUUAAAGCAAAAUGUGUUGUUUUAACAAUCCUCUGAAACGAUGGGAGCUUGGUAGCAGAGCCUACGUGGGAACAUGGUCAACUCAUGUCAUACAACAGUGUUUAGACUAAAGGUUUUAACUUGAUCUCAUUUAAACCAGGCAAUUAGUGACUGCAUGAUCAUUGUGUGCCAUGUCAGUUGAACUGCAUGAUUAGUGGUUAUCUUGAGUACAUGUCAUCAGGCCUGGGACACCUGAUCCAAACAGUUUACACCUGGACUGUUCAGCCCUGUUAAUGUGUGUUUUACAUUAAAGCAGCUGCUUCUCUAUUGGUUGGUUUUGGUCAGCGUCGAUGCAUGCAGAUGACAGCAGUUUCAAACUUGUGAUGGAUGUAAUGCUCAUGAGUCACAUUUUCUGUACUAGAAAUAACAGUAGGGACGAAACGCUCUGAAGUCAUGUGGCCUUAGCUAAUGUUCACCAGCAAUACUUUUUUGGUGCAGGAGAGAGAAUGUUGUAAAGAUAAAAAAUGACAUGCUAAACCACUACUGAAAAACUGUUUUAACAACUUUUCUGUAAAUGACUCUUGACCAGUCUUUACCUUUUUUUUUUUUUUAACAAUUUUAAUAAAAUGGUUUGGAUUAAUA